AAGAAACAGCCAUUUGCACAUGCACCCUGUAAAAUAACACUCCUCUUCUUUGAAGAGUCAUUUGCCCCUAUGCUGGCAAAGCCCUCUCUCUCUACACACACCUCUAUAACAAUUGAUUUUGUUCCGGUCACUGUAUAGUGAGUAAAGAUGCAUCAAGGGUAUCAGAACGGUGGACCCUUUGAUUUGGCUCACCUUCAAGCCACCAUGCGAGAAAUCGAACUUGCUUGCAGUUCCAUUCAGCAGAUGCAUGUCAAUCCGGCAGCAGCAGAGGCAACUAUUUUAUCACUAUGCCAGUCUCCUCGGCCAUACCAAGCUUGCCAAUUCAUUCUUGAGAAUUCUCAGCUAGCAAGUGCAAGGUUUCAGGCUGCUGCAGCAAUCCGAAAUGCAGCUAUUAGAGAAUGGGUGUUCCUUACAGCUGAUGACAAGAGAAGCUUGAUUAGCUUUUGUUUGUGCUAUGUUAUGCAACAUGCCAGUUCACCUGAGCGCUAUGUCCAAGCAAAAGUUUCUUCAGUGGCUGCUCAAUUGAUGAAAAGGGGCUGGCUAGAGUUUACAACUGCUGAGAAGGAGGCAUUUUUCUAUGAGGUUAAACGAGCUGUUUCUGGAAGCCAUGGACUAGAUGUGCAGUACAGUGGAAUCAAUUUCCUAGAAUCAUUGGUUUCCGAAUUUUCACCCUCUACUUCAACUGCUAUGGGCCUUCCUAGAGAGUUUCAUGAGCAGUGCCAGAAAUCAUUGGAGUUAGACUAUUUGAAGACAUUCUACCGUUGGGCACAAGAUGCUGCUGUAAGUGUCACAAAUAGAAUAAUUGAAUCUAAUUCUGCUGUACCUGAGGUUAAUGUGUGUUCGGUGGCACUACGUCUCAUGCUUCAAAUCCUGAACUGGGACUUUCGGUAUAAUAAAAAUGCAAUUGAGGGUGCCAAAAAUGGGACGAAUGUUUUUUCUGCUGCAAUUAGACAUGACAGUGCCUCAGCCAAGAAGUCUGAUUGUGUACUAGUGCAGCCUGGUUCUUCUUGGCGUGAUGUUCUGAUUUUUGGUGGUCACAUUGGCUGGCUUUUGAGCUUAUAUGGUGCGUUGAGACAGAAGUUUUCAUGUGAAGGUUACUGGCUUGACUGCCCUAUUGCAGUCUCUGCUCGAAAACUUAUCGUACAGUUCUGCUCCUUGACAGGAACCAUAUUUCCAUCUGAUAAUGGGCAUAUGCAAGAGCAGCACCUUCGGCAACUGCUAUGUGGAAUUAUUCAGUGGAUUGACCCUCCUCAUGCUAUUUCAAAAGCAAUUGAAUGUGGAAAAAGUGAAAGUGAGAUGCUUGAUGGUUGCCGUGCACUUCUAUCAAUAGCAACUGUAACUAAUCCCCUUGUGUUUGACCAACUCUUGAAAUCUAUAAGCCCUUUUGGCACUCUUAGCCUAUUGUCUGGCUUGAUGUGUGAAGUUAUAAAAGUUCUUAUGGAAAAUUACACUGAAGAGGAGACAUGGAGUUGGGUGGCACGUGAUGUUUUAUUAGAUACCUGGACGGCACUUCUUGUGCCAUUGUGUACUACUGGUAAAAAUACAUUACUCCCACCAGAAGGGAUAAAUGCGGCAGCCAAUCUCUUUGCCUUGAUUGUAGAGUCUGAAUUAAAAGCUGCAUCUGCCUCAGUGUCCAGUGAUGAUAAUGACUUUGAAUACUUUCAGGCUUCUGUAGCUGCCAUGGAUGAAAGGUUAAGCUCUUAUGCUCUUAUUGCAAGAGCAGCUAUUGAUGUCGCAAUUCCGUUACUCACGAGAUUGUUUUCUGAGCGUUUUGCGAGACUUCAUCAGGGCAGAGGCAUAAGUGAUCCAACUGAAACUUUGGAAGAGCUUUAUUCACUGUUGCUGAUAACCGGGCAUGUUCUCGCUGAUGAAGGAGAGGGAGAAACACCUUCGGUUCCAAACUCUAUACAAACCCAUUUUACGGACUUUGUGGAAGCAGACAAACACCCUGUUGUUAUACUUUCUGGCUCAAUUAUAAAGUUUGCUCAGCAGAGUUUAGAUCCAGAUAUGAGAGCAUCGUUUUUCAGUCCUCGGCUUAUGGAGGCAGUUAUAUGGUUCCUUGCAAGAUGGUCAUGUACUUAUCUAUUACCAGAUAAAGAAAGUCGAGACACUUGCAGUAAUUCAGAUAAUGAUCAUGAGAAUCAGCUCAAGUCAGAGUGCCCCGGAAAAGCUUUGCUUAGUUUUUUUGGAGAGCAUGAUCAAGGUAAACUCGUGCUUGAUGUUAUUGUCCGCAUCUCCAUGACGACACUUGUUUCAUAUCCCGGGGAGAAGGAUUUGCAGGCAGUUACUUGUUACCAGUUGCUUCAUGUGCUUGUCCGGCAAAGGAAUGUUUGUGUGCACCUUGUUGAUUUGGGCUCAUGGCGUGACUUAGCAAAUGCGUUUGCAAAUGAUAGAAGUUUGUUCACUUUAAACGCUGCUCAGCAACGUUCAUUGGCUCAAACCCUUGUUCUUUCAGCUGGUGGCAUGAGAAAUUCAGAGGCUUCAAAUCAGUACGUUAGGGAUCUCAUGGGUCAUAUGACAGCUUAUCUAAUGGAGAUGUCUGGCAAGAAUGAUCUAAAAAAUUUUGCCCAACAACCAGAUGUUAUCCUGGUGAUCAGCUGCUUGUUGGAGCGCCUUCGUGGAGCUGCCAGUGCCACAGAACCUCGAACACAAAAGGCAAUUUACGAGAUGGGUUUCUCCAUAACGAACGCUGUUCUGCUUUUGCUUGAAGUUUACAAACAUGAGUCUGCAGUUGUCUAUCUGCUACUUAAAUAUGUUGUUGACUGGGUGGACGGACAAAUUAUCUACCUAGAGGCUCAAGAAACUGCAGUAGUUGUUAAUUUCUGUUUGCGCUUACUUCAGCUUUACUCAUCUCACAAUAUUGGCAAGAUAUCACUUAGCCUUUCAAGCAGUUUACUGAGUGAAGCAAAUACAGAGAAAUAUAGGGAUUUACGUGCUCUUCUACAACUCCUUGCACAUCUCUGUUCAAAGGAUCUGGUUGACUUCUCAUCGGAUUCCAUUGAGGGACAGGGCACAAACAUAUCUGAGGUGGUUUAUUUGGGUCUUCACAUAGUUACCCCUCUUAUAACUUUGGACCUGCUGAAGUUCCCGAAGCUUUCUCAUGAUUACUUCUCACUACUAUCACAUAUGUUGGAAGUUUAUCCUGAAAUGGUUACACGACUAAACAGUGAAGCCUUUGCUCAUGUACUUGGAACUCUUGAUUUUGGUAUCCACCAUCAGGACACGGAAGUUGUUGACAUGUGUCUGAGUGCUCUGAAAGCACUUGCUUCUUACCACUACAAGGAGAUGGCUGCUGGUAAAGUUGGGUUAGGUCCGCAUGCUUUAGAUUUCAAGGACCCUGAUGGGAAAUCACAGGAAGGAAUUCUGAGCCGGUUCCUUCGUUUGCUGCUGCACUUUCUCCUCUUUGAUGACUACAGCAUUGAUCUCGUCAGUGCUGCGGCGGAUGCUCUCCUUCCAUUGAUCCUUUCUGAACAAAACCUUUACCAGAGAUUAGGGAAUGAGCUGAUAGAAAGACAGGCAGAUCCAACAUUCAGAUCAAGGUUGGCAAAUGCAUUGCAGUCUCUCACAAGCUCGAACCACUUUUCUUCUACACUUGACCGAACAAGUUACCAAAAAUUCAGAAAGAGUCUGCACAAUUUCCUUAUUGAAGUUCGUGGAUUUCUGCGGACUAUGUAGUAUAUGCAAACCAUUCUGAAUAGAAGUUCAAAUGUGAUUUUCUUUUCCAUUUUAUUUUUUUCCUGUAUGUUUGCCAAAGGAAAUCUUUUGGAAAUCACGGGAAUGCCUCAGUUUUUACAGGCGCUCAUAUUAGUUUUUUUAUUGUGAAUGUUAUAGCGAUUGCAUUGUAGUUACCGCCAAAAUUAGAUGGUAUGUGAAAUUGUGAAUGCUCUUGAAAGCAUUAUGGAUGAAAUGAGAAAGAAAGCUUUAAAUUUGUUUCUGUUGCA